CAUGCGUAAAGUAAAUCGCCGUGUGCUACUUCUGUGUCUGGGACUAACUCUCGCACUGCUCUUCGUCAUCAGACACAUAUCCAUUCUCUUUCCACGACAACGUCUUGCCGAUGAGUCGUUUUUCUUGACGUCUACAUGCCCUGCCUGCUUUGGCGACAAUCUCUGCAAGCAGUUGGAAGACAGGCUGCUGGUAACAUCGUUUUUGCUAACGCUGAGAGCGUCGUUUAAGGGAGUUCAUAGAGCAGAAUGGAGCAGCCUAUCAAAAGGAUCAGUCAGAGUGGUGACAAAGAGUCUCUCUCUUGCCACAGAGAUGAAAGAGUUUGAUGCGCAAUUGUGUCUGUACACGACAGGGGACAGGUAUUGCUCUGUUGACGAGGCUGCAAAAUUGUUACUGAGUUCGAAUGUUGUUGAUCGGGCUCGGAAGGGAUCGAACACAAUGUGGGAUCGGCAAUUAGAUUUGUCUGAUCAUUUCGGUUGUGUGUCGAAACGAUUGGAAACGAAAGUGAUUCGACUGUAUGAUAAGAAUGGGGAUGGGUUGUUGAGUGUCGAGGAACAUCAUAUUUUGGCGACCACACUUAAAGUCAAUCGGGAGCCGAUUAUCCUUCAACUGUUUCCAAACGAAGACGGUUGGCCAUUUCCUCGCUAUUAUGGAGCAUGUGGUCGAACGAUUAUCGUUGAGGAUGGUGGGCGACCGUUGUUAGAAUACAUGAACAAACCUUGGGAAUUCCGAGUGUGGCUCGCUGUCCAGCUGCUACAGAUUGCGUUUCUUCUCACCAAUAACAACAAAGAAUGGGCUGUGUAUCUCACAGACAUCGAUCUAGAAAAUUUCGCUUUAUCAAGAAACGGACAAGUUCUAGCUAUCGACGUCGAGCACGUGGAGGUUGUUGAUAUGAGAGAAAUUAAACAGAAAGGGUUACCGAUCUAUCGAAACUUUAAGGCUGAAAACCCUUUUUGUGACCACGACAAUGUCAUAUGCGGGACACACAGCAUCGAUGCAAUGUGUCGGGGUCAGGAGAGAGAUCAUAAUUUUAUAUACACUUGUAGAGCAAUGCUUGGGUUUCCACAUCACGGUCGACUGUUGAGUAACCCCCCUUCACAUGUUAAGGACAGAAUUGAAUCUCUUUUGAUGGACUGUAUAUAUUAUAAUAGUGACAGGCCACGUUGGCAAGCUGCAGAGGAGCUGUUACAGUUUCUGGUCAGUUUAUUACCAAAUGGACCUGAUCAAGAUGAUUUAAUGCAGAUAUAUAAUAAAUAACUAUAUACAAUAGAUCACUAAUAAUUCAAGUGUUGCAUCGGUAACCAGAACAAACUAUU